AUGGAUCGCCUCUGCGCGGCACUGAGCGCCCCUGCUCCUCCUCCUCCUCCUCCGCCCGGCCCUGCGCCCCCUCUCACGGCCCCGAGGGCUGCCCGGAGGCGGCGGCCCCAGUCCCCUGAGCUCCUGCGGUGUAAACGGAGGCCGGUGCUUGGAGGCCCCCCCAGCCUGCAGCCCCAGCCUGGGGCUGAGCCGGGCCCCGCUGGGGGAGCCGCGGCCGUGGCCCGGCGCAACGAGCGCGAGCGCAACCGCGUCAAGCUGGUGAACCUGGGCUUCCAGGCGCUGCGGCAGCACGUGCCCAGCGGCGCGGCCAGCAAGAAGCUGAGCAAGGUGGAGACCCUGCGCUCCGCCGCGCAGUACAUCCGUGCCCUGCAGCAGCUGCUGCUGCUGCCCGCCCCGUCGGCCGCCGCCUCCACGCAGCCUGCCGGGCCUACUCCCCAGGGCGGCCCCUGCCCGUGCGCGGCCUCCUCCUACUCUUCGUCCCCGGGCCGCCAAGGCAGUUCGGUGCCGGGCUCGCCACGCUCGCCCUCCUCAUCGGACGAGAGCGGCUACGAGGGCGCGCUGAGCCCCGAGGAGCGCGAGCUGCUGGACCUGAGCAGCUGGCUGGGGGGCUACUGA